AUGAAUACGUUUAAUGCACCAACCACGCAAAUUAAUGCAAUAGAUAAAAUGACAACAGUGAAAUGUAAAUCUGUGGAUUUGGAGGGCUAUGUUAUUAUAGUGGUCCAGACUAAGGAUAAUAAAAUUAAAUUAUAUGGGUCACCAUCAGCUGGCAACUGGGACAAUCUAGAGUUAGCUGACGAGAUAAUGGAUGUGAACGAAACCAGACUUGAAGACAUGUCGCGGACGGAGGUGUUGGGGCAUAUACAUGAGGUGAGCUUCAUCGUAGAUUUAUCUUAG